AUGGGAGUCCUCCAACAAACCCUCCCCCUCUCGCUGGUCUACUUCUCCCUCGUCUCCCUGUCGGGCCUGAUCCUCGGCUCCAUCCGGGUGCCGUACCUCCAACCGCUCGUCGGUGCGCGGUACGCGGAGCUAUUCGAGAUGCCCAUCAUGCUGAUGGUGAUCUGGCAAGCCGCGCAGGUGACGGUGUGGAACCUCGACGCCUCCGGGUCGAAGAGGCCGCUGGCAUCGACGAGCAGCGUCAGCGCCGGAAAGUGGUCGCUGCUCCGCUUCCUGACCUCCCCGCCGCCGACGGCGCUACUGAUCGGCGCGCUGGCCCUCGUGUGGCUCCUCGCCGUCGAGCUGGCCGUCAGCAUCGUGGCGCAGAUCUCCCUGCAUCACAGCGACGGGUCUUGGGCCUGGGCCUCGUUGUUCGUUGUCGCCGGCAGGGACGUUGUCGCUGGGCCGGUGUAUGCCAUGGCACUGCUGGCGUACGCGGUCAUGCCGUGGAUCGCGUACCUCGUGCAGGCACAGCAGCCCGACGCGGAUAAGUUGAUGUGGGACUUUGACGAGAAACAGGCCGAGCAGGAGGAUUAUUGCUCUCGGUGA